UCUUCCCGUUUUGCGGAUUUUCUUCUCAAGACCUGGCAACCCAUGUGGAGUUCCUUCCCGCAGGAAACCUCUCUGUGCAGACCCACAGACACGCAUGGAUGCCGUCGUUGUUUUAUCCUUAUCUGGGGCCGUAAAUGAGGAGAAUCAGCCGGUGAGAGGAAUAUAAUUUGGGAAUCAUGAAGGAAAGACGAGACGGUUCUGUGGUACCGGAGUUCGAUAUUGGGAGGAAACCGGAAGCGACGGGCGACCAGAACCUGCAGCCUGACUCCGGUUCUGCUCAUAAAAUCCUGGAGAGCGGAGAAUCCGUGGAUCAGAGGACGGAUGCAUCGGAUCUGCAGAGCAGCGUCAUGAGCCCAGGUCGAGUUUUUCCUCUGGAUGAACUUCCUGCUUCACAAGGAGCAACAGGAGACACUUCCUGUCCCGAAACUCCAAACUCCGCCCAUGGAGAUCCGGUUUUCCUGGAUCAUCCUGGAGGAAAAGCUCCUCCCUGCGAACCCGAGACAGAUUCCCAGCUUCUGGAUCCGAAAAGUCAGCAGGAGAACAUCUAUGGCUCGGUUCUGCAUCAGAUGCUGCAGCAGCAGAAACACAAACAUGGCAGGAGGUACAAGAAGAAGACGCUGAUGAAGAUGGCCAGGCUGCUGGUCAUAGCCAAAGGCUGGGAUCACCGGGAAAACCAGAGUCUGAGUCUGCAGGAAGAGAUGGACCUAAAAGAGGAGAUUUCCGUGUCCAUACAGGGGAAAAAAGUUCCUGGGAAUCCAGACACGUCCAGGAAUCUUUCUGGAGAAAUCAGGUCGGAGUCCAACAGUGAAGAAACAAAAAUCCCACCAGAGAGACGCAGGAAAAAAGCUACUGAAGCUCCCAAAGCUGCUGGGGAGAAAACGGAUGAAACUCCUGGAGGAUCGGGAUCAGAUUUUACUCUGAAGAACAAAGAGGAAAAACCAAAAACCAAAAAGGAUCCUGAGCUCAAACUCAGGAAGAAAGCCGGUCGGAAAAGGAUCGGAGAACCAGAGAGUCUGUCCGUCUCACCUGGAGGAAAACAGAGGAGGAAAAGGGAUCCUGUGGCUCAGAUCCAGAUCACUCCGACUGCUUCUGAGGCGAACGGAGGUUUGUCAGGGUUUGCCGGGAAUACUGCUGCACAGGAAACUGAACCUCAGGAGAGCAAGAGGAAACCCAGGAAGAGCAGAAAUCCGUCUGCCGAGCGGCUCCCAACAGGAGGCGAUCCUCUGCCGGAGGAAAACCGAACCAAACCGGAGGAAGAAGCAUCAUCUCUGGAUCUGUUUCCCAAAUUACAACUGGAAAAACGAGGAGCUAAAACAAACAAAAUGUCCAUCUGGGAUCAACUUCCGUCUGCUGAAAUGUCAAACAUCCAGAAUGAAACCGGAAAAAAACGCACCAAAACCGUUCCUGCUGAAGAGGAAACGAUGCACUGGGAUGAGAGGCGAGGAACGUUCAGUCAGAAGCUGGACGAAGAUCCGAUCCGGAGCUGGAAAAAACCAAAAGGUCAAAGUCGGAAGAAAAAAAUACGGCAGCAAACCUUAAACUUCCAGAGUAAGACCCAACCAGUUUGGGAAGCUCCAAUAAGCCGGCUGGAUUUUUCUCCCACUAACGCAACGCCAGCAAAUCCUUCCACGCAAAAUCAAGAGUUUACCAACUGGGAUGAAUCAGAUGAAGCCUGGAAAUUUGGGAAAAUCAGGAGAUCCUGCACUUUGGGAACCAAAACAAGCUCAGCCGCUGACGAAUGGUUGAGCCAAUACCUGAAAGGUUCCCGAAGGAAAGCUUCCUGUAAGGCCAGCAACAUCCCCGAGUUAAUGGGAAAAGAUGAGCUGGAAAACGGGACAAAAUUCAAACAAACCAAGAGAGGUCAGAAAAAAUCCACUGGACCGUCCGCCAACGGUGAAACUGCUCCUGGCAAUGUGAAACGAAAAGGGAAAAAAGCAAAACAAGAGUCGGCAGUAGAGUUAAACAAAGACAGACUGGGUUUUCCAACUCUUCCUGCUUCCAAUUCGGUUUCAAACCGGCAGGAAGAGGAGAGAAUGAGGAGGAAGAGGACCGUAAGGAGGAAAACGGGACCAAAAAGAAGACGAGCACUAAACAUAAAAACUGGAACAAAAAUCCUGGAAUCUGAAGUAAAACAUCCAAAUGAAGGAGAUCCAGGAAGCCCUGAGGAUGGAAAACCAUCAAGCGUGAGGCGUGGAAGACGGAAAAAUGUUUUUACAACCAAGAAGGAAGACCAUGAGACGGAAAAAUCCCAGCUGAUGUCUUCAUUUCAGGAUAAAAGCAACACGACAGAAAACGGAGUGAAUCCAGAAACAAAAGGAAAAAUUAAUCUGCUCCAAAUCGAAGGAACUUCUCUGAAAGACGGUUCUCUGGAGGUUAAGUCCAAGGCGGCGCCUAGAAAAAUGAAAAGGAGCCCAAAAAAGAGGCGGAUAUUAAAGAAACACUCAAUAAUAAAACCAAAAGUCCUGGAAUCUGAUGAAAAACAUCCAGAUAAAGUAGAUCUAGGAACUCCUGAGGAAGGAAAAACAUCAAUUCAAGAUAGAAGCAGUGAAACUGGAGCAACUCCAGAAACAAAUGUAAUGAGUUUGCUCCAGACUGAAGGAACAGCUGGUCUGACAGAUGGUUCUCUGGAGGUGAGGACUGUAAGAUGGAAAGCAGGACCAAAAAAGAGGCAAAAUUUAAAGAAAAACUCAAUUUCAGAACCAAAAAUCCUGGAAUCUGAUGAAAAACAUCCAGAUGAAGGAGACCCAGGAAGUCCUGAAGAUGGAAAACCAUCCUCAGGUGUGAGGCGCGGAAGAACGAAAAACGUUCUUCCAAUCAGAAUAGAAGAUGAAAUUUCCAACAUCAUUGACAUACUGGAAGCUGAUAAAGAGACUGAGAAGGAGAAAUUUCAGGUGAUGACUUCUGAACUCACAGAACCAAAUCAGAUCAGUCUGCUCCGGAUCGAAGGAAUUUCUGAUCCGAAAGAUGAUUUCCUGGAGACCAAGUCCAAGAUGGCACCCAGAAAAAUGAAAAGGGGACGAAAAAAGAGGCGGAUGUUAAGAAAACGUUCGGCAACUGGACCAAAAGUCCUGGAAUCAGAAGAAAAACAGCCACAAGAAGGACAUCCAGGAACUCCUGAUGGCGGAAAAUCAUCAAUUCAGGAUGAAAGAGGCUUAAUGGAUUCUACAAGUCAAACUGGAGUGACUCCAAAUCAGAUUAAUCCGCUCCAGAUCAAAGAAAAGUUUGAUCUGAAAGAUGAUUCUCUGGACAUUAAGUCCAAGACGGCGCCCAGGAAAAUGAAAACAAGACCAAAAAAGAGGCGGACCUUGAGAAAACGUUCUGCAACUGGAACAAAAAUGUUGGAAUCUGAUGGAAAACAUCCAGAUGAGGGAAAUGCUAAGCAUGGAAAACCAUCAAGCGUGAAGCACAGAAGAAAGAAAAGUGUUCUUCCAAUCAAAAUGGAAGAUGAAGCUCCCAGUGUGAUGGGGAUGGAAGAGUCUGGGAAGGAGAUGUCCCAGAUGAUGUUUACAUUUCAGGCCAAAAGCAACACGACAGAAUCAGGAAGUGAAACCAGACCGACUCCAGACAUUCAAGGAAAGAUGAAUCUGCUCCAGACUGAAGGAACGUCUGAUCUGAACGAUGAUUUCCAGGAGAUGGUGCCAACAAAAAGGAGAAGGGGACCAAAAACGAGCCGGAUGUUAAGAAAACGUCCUGUAACUGAACCAAACAUUCUGGGAUCUGAACAUCCAAAGAAAGGAGCACCAGGAACUCCUGAGGACGGAAAACCAUCAAAUCAGGAUAGAAACAGCUCAAUGGGGUCAGGAGGUCAAACCAGAGCGACCCCAGAACCAGAUCGGAUAAUUCUGCUGCAGAUCGAAGGAACGUCUGGUCUGAAAGAUGAUUCUCUGAACGUUAAGUCAAAGAUGGCGCCCAGGAAAAUGAAAAAGGGACGAAAAAAGAGGCGGAUAUUAAGAAAGCGUUCUACAACUAGAGCUAAAAUCCUGGAUUCUGAUGAAAAACCAGAAGAAGAUUAUCCUGGAGCUAGUGAGGAUGGAAAACCAUCAAUUCAUGAUGAACACAGUCCAGAGGAUUCAGGAGGUCACACCGGAGCGACUCCAGAACCAGAUCGGAUCGAAGGAACAUCUGCUCGGAAAGAGGAUUUCCUGGGAGAGAAGACCGUAAGAAGGAAAUCAGGACCAAAAAGGAAACGAGUGUUAAAGAAAAACCUGAAAGCAGAACUUAAAAUACUGGAAUCUGAAGAAAGACAUCCAGAUCCAGGAAGUCCUGAGGAUGGAAAACCAUCAAGUGUGAGGAGCAGAAGAAAGACAAAUGACUUUACAAUCAAGAUGGAAGAGGAACCAAUUUUCAUUGAGAUGGGAGCUAAUAAAGAGUCAAAGAUGGAGAAAUCCCAGCUGAUGUUUUCAUUUCAGGAUAAAAGCAACACAACUGAAUCAGGAAGUGAAACCAGAGCGACUCCAGAAGUACAAGGAAAGAUGAGCCUGCUUCAGACUGAAGGAGUACCAACCGAUCCCAAAGAUGAUUCUGGCAAAGUUUUCCCCAUGGUACAAGGACAAAUACAAUCAUUUCAGAAAGACUCAGCAAGACCUAAAAUCCAGGAAUCUGGUGAUCAUCCAUAUGAAAGGGAUGCAGGAGCUUCUGAAGAUGGAAGAAUGUCCGAAACGUCCAACAUGGGACACGGAAGAAAGACAAAUGUCUUUACAAUCAAGUUGGAAAAUGGAGCUUCUGAUAAAGAGCCUGAGGCGGAGAAACCGUUUCAGGAAUCUGCUUCAUCAACAUCUCCAGGAAAAACCAGGCAGAAGAGACGGCGGAGGAGCAGAACACACUGGUCUGGACAUAGAAAAGCAAAGAAACCUCGGGUCUGCUCAUUCUGGGAUGUUCCGGCUGUCUCCAGUUCCUGUGACCAAACCUUCAACAUCCAACAAGAAAAUCAGGAGAAUCGGAUGACAACAAACGCUCCGUCCGGAUCUGAGAUUUCUCAUCACCUCCAGAAGAAAAACAAAAGCCUCCAGUGCUCUUUCUGUUUGCGCUCUUUUCGCCACAUCUCAGCGCUGACGCUCCAUAAACGGCUUCACACGGGCCGGAAACCGUACGGAUGCUCCGUCUGCGCCAAGAGCUUCUCCACGCUCCCUGAACUGAAGCUGCAUUCAAAGCUCCACAGGGGGCCGCCAGCCACUCACUGCCCGAUCUGCGAAGAAACAUUCAGAGACAAAACCGAACUCAUCCGUCACCUCAAGGUCCAUCUGGCCGAGGUGGAGGGACUCCAGACAGAACCGGGAAGAAGCAGACGAUCCCGCUUGGCUUCCGGCCAGGAGGAAACCUUCAGGUGUCCGGUUUGCUCCAGGGAGUUCACCAAGAAAUCUGCAUUUGAAAACCGCAGACGGAUUCAUGACAGGAAAGCCUUCAGAAAUCCAAGAAGGAUCCAUGGAUUCCACGUCUCCAAAGCCGGCGAUACAACAGUCGUCACUCCAGUGUUUUUUAAAUGUCCGAUCUGCCGGCAGAUCCAUCGCCGCUGGUGCCACUACGUUCUGCAUUUACAUUCCCACACGAUGGGAAAACCUCACCACUGUUACGUCUGUAGGCAGGAGUACAGCCGGGCGGCCGGAAGCAGACGGCACUGCUCAGUCUGCUGCAGAGCCAGCGGAGAAGAGGCGGCUUGUCGAGGUUCCCUGGAGGACAUCUGGAAGGAGACAGGAGACUCAGUGAGUCCAAGAAAAAUAUCGGCAAUUCCUGAAGAAGAAGGCAACGGGAAGGCGUUUAUUCCUCCACCCUCGUCUGGUGGCUCAAGCCCGUCUGUGAUUGAAGACUUUGAUGUUGAUGUUUCUCCUCUGAACUUUGGUUUCUCCCAUCCAACAUUCAGUCCUGAGCCUCCCAGACUCAGCCUGCAAUCCUGGUGUGGUCGCUUUGGAAACAAACGGCGGCCACAUCGGCGAGCUUUCCGCUGCAGCCGCUGCGAGCUGGAGUUCCACUUCCUGGGAUCAUACAUGGAUCACCUGCAGGAACACGCACCCAAAACGCCAAAUGCUUGUCUCUCCUGCAAUAAACCACGGCUGGAGCCUCGAGUCAGGCAGCCGGAUGGUUUGAAAUGCAGCACAUGUGGGAAGCUCUUCUCCACUUCGAGGAAUCUGCGGAAGCACAAGCUGCUCCAUAAAGCGGCCCACUCCCACAUCUGUCUGCCAUGCGGCCGCUCCUUUCCCGGCCACUCCGCCCUGGAGGCUCACCUAGAAGCUCAUCGGCGGCGGCUGAGUGUGCCGCGGCCAGCGCGCGUUGAGGAGCCCUUCCUGUUUCCCUACCCCUGCAGGAAAUGCUCCGCCAGGUUCUCCAGCACCGAUCUGCUGGAGGCCCAUCAGGUGUGCCACUCCUUCGCAGGGAGGAAGCCGGAAAGUCCUCCAGAGAGCAUCCUGUCCUUCAUUCCUAACCCGCAAACGGUUGCCGUCUCUUCACCUGGGCCGAAACGGUGGCUGCUGGUGAGCAACAGGAAGGACCUGUUCAGGUAUCCUCAUCCAGACCACCUCUACGUCGUUCCCGCCGCCUCCUCAGAGACGCCCACCGUCGUUUCGGAGACGCCUGACAUCGGUUUGGACCUGGAGUCGGGAGCCAACCCAACCUCAGCGGAACUUCAGCUCCAGCUUCUGGUGAAAUCUUUAAUUCCUGAAAAACGUCUGACGACGAGCGACAGCAGCGACUCUGAGGACGAACCGACGGUGCUUCGGCAAAACUGUGCAAUCUGUAUGCAAACCUUCACUGACGUCGCGACUCUACAUGAGCAUUACCGCAACCACGCCAGAGGAAUGUGAUGGACCGGAACCAGAACCAGAGAAAGGGAAUCCUGAACUUUUGGCUGUGCAGCAACAGACAUGUUCGUUUGUUCUUUUAAAAUGAAAAAGUUAAAAAA